AUGCCGGAUCAUGUUCAUGAUUUGGCAGAAUUUAUAUCUUCCUCUGGUGAUGUAUAUUUAAGAAGGGAGGGUGAAAAAGAAAGGAGACUAUCAUCAUCUCGCAAGACCUCUGAACAUGCACGCCAUUCUUUGCUGUAUUGUGCUACUGUGGAUGAGCGGAGUUUUGAAGACCUUCACAAGUCCAAGGGCUUGCGCACACUUCUAGUUUGUAUCAGAGAUGUUACUCAGCGCAUUAGCAUUCCAGCAGAUUUAUUUUUUAAGUUAUGGCAGAUACGUGUUUUGGACCUUUCUCGAGCUGGAUUACGGGAAUUUCCCGAUUCAAUCUGCCACUUGUCGCAGUUGAGGUUCCUUGAUCUCUCUUUCAAUUCUAUGCGAUAUUUACCUGAGGGGAUAACUAUGCUUCAGAGCCUCCAGACAUUGAGAACUAAGAGUAAGGUUACAGAGUUGGAAUUUCCAAGAGGCAUGUGGAAACUAGUUAACCUGCGGCAUCUUGAUCUGGGGAUAGAUUAUACACCAUUUGUCAUGCCCCAAAUUGGAGAAAUAACCAACCUUGAAGCACUCAGUGCGUUUGCUGUGGAUGAAAUGUAUGGGAAGAUUGAAGUGUUGAGGGGAUUGGUGAAUCUUCGAGGAUCACUGGCUAUUCUGAAGCUUGAGAAUCUGCAGAACUGUAAAGUAGAGAAUAUCAAAGACUGUCUGAUUGAUAAGAAAGGGAUUGACAAACUGGAGCUGGUAUGGAAUUCCGGGAUUGGUGCUACAGCUGCAGAAAAUACACUCGCUAGGCUGGAACCUCACACAAACCUUAAACAUCUGGUGGUUGAAAGGUACGCAGGAGUCAGAUUUCCGACUUGGGUGGGUGACCCAUCCUUCUCUAAUAUUGAGACUAUUCAGCUGUGUGGGUGCGUAAACUGUGAGUUGCUUCCUCCUCUUGGACAACUUCCAAUGCUCAAGUCUCUCCAUAUAUAUGGACCAAUGUCAGAACUAUGGGAUAUUGACAGUGACUUUUGCGGCAACAACAUAGGUAAGAUGAAGAGAUUUCCUUCACUUAGGACCCUAUACCUUCGGUCAUUGUAUUGCUUAGAGAUAUGGACUGGUCUAGAGAGAGGUGACAUGCCUCUUCUCCAGAAACUGCACAUUCGUAGCUGUGGAGAACUUUUCGCACUCCCAACUCUCAGAUUCCUUGGCUCUCUUCAGGAAUUGUAUAUUGAAAGCUGCCCAAAGCUCCAGAAGUUGCCAGACAGAAGGUUACCCGGUUCAGUUAGUUCUCUGAUUAUUGUGGAUUGCCCCGUCCUUUUAGAAUCGUGCAAGAAGUAG